UCCGUUUCGCGUCGCGGCGGUCAAUUCCUUCCAAUCGCAGGGCGGCGUGGUUCCUCCCUUUCCUUUCCUCUCCUCCCCCCACCCCGUCUUCGGCCUGACAUAACCAGCCCUUCCCUCCCACCGACGCGAACCACUGCACCCACCCACCUCCAACCUCCUCUCCUGCAUCAUUUCAUUGGGGAUGGAGAUCCAUUUCGAUUUGGGCUGAUGAUUCAUCUCUUCUUUUGCUGCACUGCCGCUGCCGGGUUGAAAUGAAAUGGUUCUGCCAAAUGCUCAUGUGCUACUUCUACCACUGAAUAAAAACGGGAAAACAAGGGUCGCCAUAGCCAUACUUGACACCCACUUAACUUAAUGGAGCCUAGAAGAGAUGCAGCUGGCUCUGCCGCAGCUCAAAGACCAGCCAUGCAUACGCAUGGACCUCCGGCUUCAUCCUCAACCACUUCUCGUGCUCCAGAGUAUCACACUGCCAAGCCUGUUCUCAAUUUCUCCAUCCAGACCGGAGAGGAGUUUGCCCUUGAGUUCAUGAGGGACCGAGUUAUACCCAAGAAACACUUGCUCCCUGCUACAUCUGGAGAUCACAAUGUUGCACCUGGUUACAUCGACCCGAGAGGAAUGCUUGGUGCUUGCCACACAGGAUUUCAAAGUGGUCCAGAUUUAACUACGCUUGCAGCUGCUGAUACUCAACCACACAAGGAUGCCCAAAUAAAAUCGUUUGCUGAAGCUGGUAACAGAAGCAGGCACACAUCAACUUGGUCAGUGCCACGAGUCUCAUCAGGUGAUGGUAGUAGUCGGGGACUCUCUCAUGGCCAUGCUUCUUCUGAGGCUUCAUAUACCUCCAGAAAAAUCAAGUUCCUCUGUAGCUUUGGGGGCAAAAUCUUACCCCGGCCUAGUGACGGAAAGCUGAGGUACGUUGGUGGCGACACACAUAUAAUUCGAAUCAGUAGGGAUAUAUCCUGGCAGAAUCUCAAGCGAAAGACUCUAUGCAUCUAUAACCUACCCCAUAUCAUCAAGUAUCAGCUUCCUGGCGAAGAUCUUGACUCUUUGAUCUCAGUGUCAAGCGAUGAAGAUUUGAGAAACAUGAUGGAGGAAUUUGGCAUGCUUGAAAGCAGUGAAGAUUCUCAGAAGAUUCGGAUCUUUUUGGUUUCCUCUGUUGAUUUUGACGAGACGAGCUUUAGCCUGGGUAGUACGGACGGUGAUUCUGAGUAUCAGUAUCUUGCGGCAGUCAAUGGAAUCGACGUUGGAUCUGGGAAGCCCUCAAGUGGCCAUGGUUUACCAAGCACAUCUGCAAGUGAGUUGGAUCAGUUCAUUAAUCUCAAUACUGAUGCUAAUCAGUCGAACCCAAAUCGAGAUAGGUCAGAUCUGCAUUGUAUGGGUGCACCAUCUUUUGUGCCUUCUGCUACAUCCUCAAUACCAACACAACCAAGUUUAUCUGGUGAUCAUACUGCCUAUUUGCAUUCUUACCAAGGGCAUGGCGCUCAGGGUUCCAAUUCCUUGUAUCCGGUGUCCACGGAAAGAUUCUAUGACACUGAGAGCCGAAUUUCUGUGCCUCUAUCUGUGCCUUCAGACUAUGGACAUACGUCUCAGUAUGCACCACAUUCUGGGACUGCAUUAGUGAUAACUUCUGACCAGCAGCCUUAUCAGGAGGGCUUUAUGAUGGAAGGGGCUAUAAAUGAUGCAAAGCAGGCUUCUAAGAACACUGGACAUAAAAAAAAUGAAAUGGAUUAUUUCCAAUCCCUAGAGCAUUUGAGUACUAAUGUGCCACAACAUGAUCCUUCUGUUUCAAAAUGUAUGCGUUCUGAAGCACUCCCUGUAUCUUCUGCUCAGGAAGGUUUGGCAUCUUUUGUUCAACAAAGUGACAGUGGGAAGAGCCUAGAGAUUCAUAAAGUGUCAAAGGCUGCAUCUGCAACUCAGGGUUCAGAGUUUAAUGAAGACGACCACGAGUCCUCCAAUGGAGCUUUCCCAUCUGGAUGUUCUCAUGUUGAGAGUGACAUGAUUGAUCAUGGUUUCGAGAAUCCAACAACCCGAGAUGGACGGGUCUUUCAUUCUGAGAGGAUUCCUAGGGAGCAAGCGGAGUCCCUGAACCGGUUGUCAAAAUCUGAUGAUUCACUUGGUUCUCAGUUUCUUUUGCUUCAGUCACAGUCUGGUGUAGCUAAUGAAUCCAUUGCCGAGGCUGCUGAUCCUGUCAAGGGAGCUGAAAAAUCAAAUUUAGGGGCCCCACCACUUAACUUGAAUGAACCUUCUAUUGAUGAUGAUCUAAUACAAUUUGAGAAGGAGUUUGCCAAAGCUGUACCACUGCCAAGUCAAUUCGGUAUAGUUCUUCCUUCUGAAGUAUCGGAUGCUACAACCAUUUCAGAGAAUCCUGUAGCUGAACAAUUGGCCAGCGAAAAGAGAACAUUGCAUGAUCCUAACACUAUAAAUACAGAGAAAGUCAUGAACUCUGCUGAAAAGGCUCCAGGUAAAGGUAACUUGAAAGAGACUACUAUCAAUGGAGUACAGACUGUUAAUAGACAGCAGGGAAGUGAUACUGCUAUGGCACGUCGUGUUACUUGGGAGGCUCCCAAGACUGCAUCCUCCACUGAUGUCAAGCUUGAACCAGCUGUGUCGUCAUCCACCAGCGCUUCAGCCAUUCCACGGGAUGAAUCUGUUGUUCCGAACACGGAGAACAGAGAUAUCUGUGUUGAUAUCAAUGAUCGCUUCCCCCCUGAUGUGCUUUCUGAUUUCUUUGAAAAGGCUAAAGCUGCAGCGCAAUUAUCAACUCCCUUUAAUGAUCCUAUCCUUAGCUUGAACAUACCAAACUAUGAGCCCAAGAACUGGUCAUUCUUCAGAAAUCUUGCACAAAAUGAGUUUCCACAUAAGGAUAAUGACCAAGGUCUGGCAAAAAUUGAGGAGGGAGUCUAUCCAUUCACAGGAGUAAGCAAGGAUACAACUAACAUGCAGAACUUGAACCCUAAAUUUGAUCUUGAUGCUGAGAAGAUGGUAGCGCCUUUAAGCACUACUGUUGACCCUAGUAGUAUGCCCCCUGCAUAUGUCCCAUCACACAUUGACAGGCAACCGAUGAUGGAGAGGACUGUUGAAGGGUUUCAAGUUGACAAUCGUUAUGCGCAAAUGGGGGAGAACAUGAGGCCACCUGUUUCGGAGUUUGAGGAACCAAAGUUUGAAGAGGACAGAACUGUUACACCAGUCAUGGAUGCAUCUCUUCGAGACAUUGAUUUCGAACACUUGCAGAUUAUCAAGAAUGAAGACCUGGAGGAGCUUAGGGAACUUGGUUCUGGCACUUUUGGAACCGUAUACCACGGAAAAUGGAAGGGAACCGACGUGGCCAUUAAGCGUAUAAAGAAAAGCUGUUUCACAGGCCGAUCUUCUGAGCAAGAAAGACUAGCACACGAAUUCUGGAGGGAAGCUGAGAUUCUGUCAAAGCUUCACCAUCCAAAUGUCGUGGCAUUUUACGGUGUUGUGAAGGAUGGACCAGGUGGUACUUUAGCAACUUUGACUGAGUUCAUGGUUAAUGGUUCUCUUCGGCAUGUCUUGCAGCGCAAAGACAAGUAUCUUGAUCGUCGUAAGCGGCUUCUCAUAGCGAUGGAUGCAGCCUUUGGAAUGGAGUAUUUGCAUUCAAAAAACAUUGUGCACUUUGAUUUGAAGUGCGAUAACCUGCUGGUGAACCUUAAAGACCAGACACGCCCUAUUUGUAAAGUCGGAGAUUUUGGCUUAUCCAAAAUAAAAAGAAAUACAUUGGUUUCGGGUGGCGUGAGGGGGACCCUGCCAUGGAUGGCCCCAGAGUUGCUGAAUGGGAGCAGCAACAAGGUGUCGGAGAAGGUGGAUGUGUUUUCCUUCGGUAUUGUCAUGUGGGAAAUCCUGACUGGAGAGGAACCUUACGCCAAUAUGCACUAUGGCGCAAUAAUAGGGGGCAUUGUGAACAACAUAUUGAGGCCACCGGUGCCGGCAAACUGUGAUCCGGAGUGGAAGAGGCUGAUGGAGCAGUGCUGGGCUCCGGAUUCGGUGCAGCGGCCGGCUUUCACAGAAAUCGCAGGACGGCUGCGUGCCAUAUCAAACCAGGCGAAAGCAGCUGGGGCGGCGAAAUAGAGUUGAGAGGAGGUUGUCCAGUCGUCCUAGGCCUCCAUCUGACCUUACACUAUACUGUAGUUGAAACUCAACUACUACACUAUCUAUGAUAUGAAAUGAAAGAUGGUGUGUGUGUCUGUGUGUUAUAAACCGAUCGAGGUCGAGAUCGAGAUCGAGAUCGAGUGUAAACAUUGUAAGUUGUGUAUACCCCCCCGGGCCCAGGCGAGCAGACAUUGCGUUUUGGCGAUAAACUCUUUAUUGAAAGCUCCGAUUCGCCAACUGUUUUCA